UUCACAUUUAAUAAGUAAAGUGGACGUUGAUCAUCUGGGGUCCCUGCCACCUAAGGAUAGAGUGCGCCAAUUCCAAGCUUCUGCGGCUGAGACUUUUUUGGGAAUGUCUUUCGAGUUAAACUUGUGUCGUCAAAGUGUGGCGGAUAAGGAAACUUUAGCAGUAUUAACCUCCCGUUGUGACGAGCAAAAUGAGGAACUAAAGAAGCUUCGGGAGGAUCUCUUGAGAAAGAAAAACUUUCCAAGUGCGCCGAAUUGAAGGAGCGCUUGAUAAAGACUGAACAAUGGCGGGAGAGAGCCAAGAAGCAGCUGGAUGAGACUAUUGGAAACUUGGAUAAGGCCUCAAGCUUGUCUACUACCCUCGGUCAUGAGACGAGACGCCUAAUGGAUAUCCAUGACACACUGAUUCAUUAGAAUUAGUCCCUUACCAAGCGGGUGUUGGAAGAUUUGGAGAAGUUUAAAGUCUUACUAGAUGCGGCUAGGAUUUAUGAACUUCGCUAGGAAAGGCAAGCCAGGAUAGCCAGGGACUAGCUUACAUCAGAUGAGCCCGAAGCAUCGAACUUCUUAGGGAACUUGACGACUGAGAUGAUGGAUGCAAGUUUUAUGAUUAGUGAUGAAAGAUACCGCUUGGCCAUAUGUCUUCCUUCGACUCUAGAUAUUCCUAAGAGUUUGGCAGUAUCCAAGCUGGAGAACAUGUGCUUCGAUCUGUCGAGCUUGAUAAUUGAUGAAGGGAAGAACCUCCAAAGCUUAUCCAAGGAGCUGUCCGAGAUUGAAGUGGAGCCGUUCAAUAUUGAGGAAUUCGUGAGCUUCACUCCCAGUCUACAAGAGGGAGGUGUUGUAUCUCCCAAGCUGCUGCAUCUAGAACCAGAUGAAGACAUUGGUGAUUUCUUGGAGGAUCUUUGAAUUGUUUAUGAUUUGUAUUUGGUACUUUGUUGGCCAAUGUAUGGUAUUUAUUUUUAGGGAUGUAGUUGAAUUGAAUUCAUGCUUUAUCGGCUAUUAGGCCAUAUUUUAUUUGAAAUUUGAUGACCCAACAGGCCGUGUCAUAAGGAGUCUAACUUCACAUUGCGACUGAGUGUUUCCUGUUAACACUUAGGGGCCGUUUGGUUGGGUGUCAUAAUCAAAGGGAAAGGGAAUAGACA